GUAUUUUACCAAUAAUAAGUUUAUUAUAGUAAAAAUAAUAAUAAAAAAUGGCUCGGUGUGUUAUCCAAAGGUGUUGCUGUUUAAGCAUAAAAGAUGGACUUGAAGCAUUCGCGUAUAUUAAAAUUAUGAUAAGCUACACAACUGUCUUGUACCUGACGGGAGGUUUCUACGCCCAGUACCAAAACACGGGACAGGUAGACGUACCGGUGACCACAGCGGCCAUCCUCUGCAGUUUCACGGGGGAUUUCGUCAUGACGUUACUACAUAUUUACUCGCUGCGAAAGAAUAUUCUACCCCUCAUCCACGUAUAUCUGUACUACGUGGUGCUGACUCUGGUGGUGAUGAUCGUCGGUCUACCGUUCUACUUCUACUACGUGGUGUUGGGACCCGAACCGGCGUUGGCUCUGUACAACACCUGGGCUAUUGUGGGUACCGCCGUGGUCGCCUGGACUUGCAUAGGUCUCCACAUCCUACUAGCGUUCGCGGUAUACAGCUAUGGGGUGGUGGUCACUAAACUCAGGAGGCGGGAACUCCGGGCCAAGACGGAAACGGAGAUGAGGCGGGUUAGCGUUUAGACACGAAAUAUAUUAUUAUGUGUGUGU